CUUAUUAUUGCUUCCUCUUUCAUUAGAAAAAUAAAAAUAAAAAUACCCUAUUUUGUUUUCAAGUUUCAUUAAGCUAUGCCACUUUCUCUUUCAACUUUCUUUUAUUUUUCUAUCUUUUCCAAUUAAAGCACCCAUUUUCCUUUUUCAUGUCUUGUUUUUUCUCCCUAUUUUUCUUUCCCUUUUCUUUCUUGCCCAACAUCAAGGAAAAGUGAAUACUAGUACUCCUCCAAUUAACACAAAAAAAAAAAAACUUUUUUUUUCUUUUUAUUUUCUCUCUCUUCUUAAACAAGCUUUUAUUUUUAUUUUUUUACUUCUUAUUCCAAUUCUUCAAUUCAGCCCUUUAUAAAUUCUGAGUCUGUUUCCACAUUCAAUGUCAUAUACUCAUACCCUUUUGUUUCUUUCAUUGAUUUUCCCAAUUGGGUCAUGCUGAAAUUGAACCUACACAAAAAAGUUAUCAUUUUUAUCUUCAAAAGGAAGAAUAAUUAAUUUUGAACUUUUUGGGUGUUUAAGUUUCAGUUAUGAGAAUCUAAAGAGGUAAAGGAAUUUCAUUUCAUUGAAUUUUAUAGAUCUUGCACAAGUGGUUUCUAGGGUUAUCUUUUUGGUGCAUUCUAUUUGAAUUAUUUUUUUUUGAAAAAAAGUUGAGUCUAUAAUCUAUUCUAGAUUCCUCAAGAGUGUGUGUCUCUUUUCAUACACACAAAAAUAAUAAAGAAGGUAUUUGAUUCCUUUUGAAAAAAAAAAUGCUUCUUGAUUUUGAUUAUUGAAAUUAUUGUGGUAAAAUCUCCACCUCUGGUUCUCUUCAUUUAUCUCUUUUCUCUGAUUCAACUCUGUUUCAAAAAUCAUAAAAACUAUUUUUUUGUAUGAUGAAGUGUGAAAUGGGAAUUCUUUCUUCUCAUGCACCAUUUGUUGAAACCAAUUGGUUUUUGGAAGAUAGAAGCUAUAACAUUAACAGGAGAGCAACAAAAUGGACAGCAUCAGAGAACAAACUGUUUGAGAAUGCUCUUGCUGUUUAUGAUAAAGAUACGCCGGAUCGGUGGGCUAAGGUGGCUGAAAUGAUACCUGGAAAAUCUGUUGUUGAUGUGAUGAAUCAGUAUAAGGAAUUGGAAGUUGAUGUUUGUAAUAUUGAAGCUGGUUUGGUUCCGAUUCCGGGUUAUAGUACUAGUACUAGUAGUACUAGUACUGCUACGCCUUUUACCUUGGAUUGGGUGAGUUCUUCUGGUUAUGAUGGGUUUAGAGGGAUUAAUUCUAAGAGAAGUGGUUCCGGUAGAUCGCCGGAUCAGGAGAGGAAGAAAGGCGUGCCGUGGACCGAAGAAGAACACAAGUUAUUUCUAUUGGGUCUGAAAAAGUAUGGAAAAGGUGAUUGGAGAAACAUAUCAAGAAACUUUGUGAUCACAAGAACACCAACACAAGUCGCAAGCCAUGCUCAAAAAUAUUUCAUCCGACAACUCUCCGGCGGCAAAGACAAAAGAAGAGCAAGCAUCCAUGACAUAACAACCGUUAAUCUCACAGAAACUUCAAAAGCAUCUCCAACUUCAGAAAACAUCAAAACAUCCACUUCACCGCACCAUCAUAACCAUUCCAUGAACAUCAUCAACAAAUAUUCCACCGCGAACACAGCAUCCGAGAUGCAUUUUCAGCCGGCUAUGAUCACAGCAUUCAACCCUUCACAUGAACAAGUUUUCAUGUCUCCUUAUGGAGUUAAUAUGCAUAGAAAUCCUCUUCAUGAGUCUUCUUACUUCGGAACUCAAACACAAAACAUGGUCUUUCAAAUGCAAUCUUCUCAACAACAAAACUAUUCACAUGCAUGAUGAUGAUGUUGGUGAUUAGUCGGACUUGUAUCGAAUUAUUUAUUAAUAUUUAUGACUAGAAAACAAGUAUUUUUUUUUUGUAUUUUGUUAUACUAGUAGUAGUACUAGUACAGUGUUUAUGCUUUUUACCAAGUUCUAUGUGAAUAUAUUGCAUUAGAAUAUUAUAGUUAUCAGUUAGUUAGUUAUUUACUUUCUUGGUAUAUGAACUUAAUGAA